CGCAUGUAAAUACAAUACAUACGCUAUGUUUAGUGUGUAAUGGUGACCACCAAUUAAUUCGAUGUUCAAAGUUUCUGAAUAUGAAGGUGCCGGAACGUCGUGAAAAGAUUAUGAGCGCCAAAUUAUGUUUUAAUUGCCUUCAGAGUGGGCAUUUUAGUAAGUUGUGCUUGAAUAAAAAAAGAUGUGCAAUUUGCGACAAAAAACACCAUCAACUUAUUCAUGAACAAGUUAAGGGCAAACCAACAGUCACAAAUAACAUAAGUAAACAGAGGAUGCCAACAUUGAAGAACACCACAGAGACCGAAGUGGCAGCGUCGUACAACAUCCAAAAGGAAAAAACUGUUUUACUAGCAACAGCAAUGGUAAUUAUAAGGACUAAAAAACAAGUUAAUCCGAUACGAGCGCUUCUUGAUCAAGGAUCACAAUCUUGUAUAAUAACAGAACAAUUAGCAAGAUCAAUCAGAGCACCAUUGACCAAUUAUCAAACUCAUGUAAAAGGUAUCAAUGGACAAACAACAAGCGUUAUAGCCAAAUGUUCAUUAGAAAUUCAAUCUAUACACGAUGAAAAUAAGAGCUGUCAUAUCGAAGCAAUAGUGUUACCAAAAAUCACAUCAAAAAUGCCAAAUGCAGAAUUCACGCCAGGAAAAUGGUCGCAUAUUGAUGGAUUGCAGUUAGCAGAUCCUUGGUAUGCUGAACCAAAGGAAAUACAAUUGUUAAUCGGGUCGGACGUAUUACCAGAAGUGUUUAAAGAAGGAUUAAUUAAAGGGCCAGACAACUCUCCAAUGGCUCAAAACACACUAUUUGGAUGGAUAUUAUCAGGACCUUUAGAUGUAGAGCGUACAAUCACAAACAAAAUAAUGUUAUGCUCCAUGGCUUGCGAAAGCAGCGACGAGUAUUUAAAACGGUUUUGGGAAUUAGAGGAAAUCCCAAAUGCAGACUUAAGAACAGUAGAAGAAAGGCGUUGUGAGCGACAUUAUGAUUCAAUUUGCACCCGCUUUAAACAGGACGAUACAUCGUUAGGUUACCACUGA